CACAGUGAUAGCAAAGACAUGAAGAAAGUAUAUCUCGCUGCUAUAGCAGGAAAUCUAGGUUCGUUGUCAGUGGGUUUAAAUAUGGGAUGGGCAUCGCCAUCCAUGCCUUUAUUAAUAAAUGGUGAUGGUGCUGGAUAUCCCGUGCGUUUGAAUUUGCAAGAAAUCUCUUGGGUGACAUCUUUAUUUACUCUUGGUGCCGUCCCGGGUUGCAUUAUUUCCGCAUUAACAGUGAAUAUCAUCGGCAGAAAGAACACCAUGCUAUUUUCAGCUGUGCCUUCGGCAAUUGGUUGGUUGCUUAUAGUCUUCGCAACCUCAUCGCCGGAUCUAUAUAUAUCGAGGUUUUUAUCCGGACUGGCUAUGGGCAUGCAUGUUACAGUCAUGCCUAUGUAUUUGGGCGAGAUUUCGCCAGCAAACAUUCGCGGUUAUUUGGGAUCCAUGUUGAUAGUCGCUAUGAAACUUGGUGUUUUGAUUGAGUUCACAAUAGGUCCGUUUCUUUCAGUGAAAAAUCUUGCCUUUAUCUCUUUGGCGGCACCUUGUCUGUUCGUGGUCAUUUUUAUCUGGUUACCAGAAUCUCCGUACUAUUUGAUACGCUGCGACGCCAAGGAGAAAGCUAUAAACUCUCUUAUUCAAUUGAGAGGCAAAAAGGAUGUUUAUAAGGAGGCAGAUACCAUUGAGCAAUCUGUAAAAGUCGAUUUGGCUAACAAAGCUGGUUUUCGUGAACUCCUAUUUAUACCAGGAAAUCGCCGAGCUUUAACAACAUUGGUGUGUCUGGUCAUAUUUCAACAGUUGAGUGGCUCUCAAGCCCUGUUGCAGUACGCUCAAAUAAUUUUCGAUAAGAUGAACAGUAAUCUGGAAGGCAAAUACUUGACUAUAAUACUGGGCGCCAUGCAGCUAGUCUGCACGAUUGUCUGCAUGAUUAUCACUGAUUGCAGCGGCAGAAAGUUAUUAUUGACGAUCUCCGCUAUCGGUACAGCGUGCUCCACUGCCAUAGUCGCAACAUAUUUUCAUCUUCAAUACAAUCACGUGGAUAUCAGCAAUAUAACGUGGUUACCCGCUGUAGGCGUGAUCCUAUUCAUAGUCAUGUACGGCCUCGGUUUAUCAGUGUUACCGUACACCAUGGCUGGUGAAUUGUUUUCCAUGAAUGUGAAGGCCCUCGGCAAUAUGAUAGGCAUGAUGACGAUGACAAUCGUAGCGUUUGUCGUCACGAACUUAUAUCUGAUUAUAAGUGAAGGUGCCGGUGUGCAUACGCCGUUCUGGAUAUUUACCGCGUGCUGUUUUGUCGCUGCUAUAUUCACGUUUUUCUACGUACCUGAAACUAAAGGCAAAACGUUGGAACAAAUACAAAGAAAAUUGCAUAAUCCAUCGAAAUGUUAUAAAAAUAUUAAUAUUCCUCUUUUUACAUAUCGUCUGACGAUUAUAAUGAAGAAAUUAUAUCUCGCUGCUAUAGCAGGAAAUUUAGGUAUGCUGUCAGUGGCCUUCUUUGUCGGUUGGGCAUCGCCAUCUUUACCUUUAUUGCUACAUGGUGGUGAUGCUGAAUAUCCUGUACGUUUAAACUUAAAAGAAGCCUCUUGGGUGACAGCUUUACUUAGUAUUGGUGCCGCCGCAGGUAGCGUUAUUUCUGCAUUGAUUGUGAAUAUUAUCGGCAGGAAGAACACCAUGUUAUUUACGGUUGUACCCUCAAUAAUUGCCUGGUUGUUAAUAGUCUUCGCAACAUCAUCGUGGGAGCUAUACAUAUCGAGGUUUAUAUCCGGACUAGCUCUGGGCAUUAUUUCUAUGUCCACGUCGAUGUAUGUGAGCGAGAUUUCGCCGGCUGAUAUUCGCGGCAAUUUGGGAUCUAUACUGGCAGUCGCUGGGAAACUCGGUAUUUUGAUCGAGUUCACAAUAGGUCCAUUUCUUUCAGUGAGAAAUCUCGCCCUCGUCUCUUUGGUGGGACCAUGCCUGUUUCUGGUCACUUUUAUCUGGCUACCGGAAUCCCCAUAUCACUUGAUGCGUUGCAACACCAAGCAAAAAGCCAUAAACUCUCUUGUUCAAUUAAGAGGCAAAGAGGAUGUUUAUAAGGAGGCAGACAGUAUUGAGCAAUUUGUAAAAGACGAUUUGGCUAAUAAAGCUGGUAUCCAUGAACUCCUAUUUAUCCCAGGAAAUCGCAGAGCCCUAAUAACGUUGCUGUGCCUGGCCUUAGUUCAACAGUUGAGCGGUUCUCAAGCCGUAAUGCAGUAUGCUCAAUUAAUAUUUGAUGAGAUGGAUGGUAAUCUAGAGGGUAAAUACUUGACUAUGAUAUUGGGCGUCAUGCAACUAAUUUGCGCGAUCGUCAGCAUGUUCAUCACCGAUUGUAGCGGCAGGAAAUCAUGGCUGAUGAUCUCCACUAUCGGUUCUGCAUGCUCUACCGCUAUGGUUGCAACAUACUUUCAUCUUCAGUACUAUCACAUGGAUACCAGCAAUAUAAUAUGGUUGCCCGCCAUUGGCGUGAUCUUAUAUAGAGUCAUGUUUAGCCUGGGUUUGGGGGUGUUACCCUUCACUAUGGGCGGCGAAUUGUUUCCCAUGAACGUAAAGGCUCUCGGCAUUAUGAUAGGCAUAAUGACAAUCCAUAUCACAGCCUUUGUCGUGGAGAGUCUGUAUCUGGUUGUAAGCGAAAGUACCGGUAUGCAUACGCCAUUCUGGAUAUUCACCAUGUGCAGCCUUGCUGGUGCUUUAUUCACAAUUUUCUAUAUACCUGAAACCAAAGGCAGGACGCUAGAGCAGAUACAAAAAAAAUUGCACGGCUCGUCAAAACAAGAAGAACUUAAGAAUGAAGUAUUUUCAAGUGUUAAUAUUUGA